AUGCGAGAUAUAUUAAGAUUUGUUAAUCAAAACAGUGCCCAUAGGACUUUUGGAGGUAAAAUAGUUGUAUUCGGAGGCGACUUUAGGCAAAUUUUACCUGUGGUGCCAAAGGGAUCAAGACAAGACAUUGUUUCUUCAGCUAUCAAUUCAUCAUACCUUUGGAAGCAUUGCAAAGUUAUGUGCCUAACCAAGAAUUUGAGGUUAAAUAGUAUGCAACCUGGUUUGGAUCAACAACGGAUGGAACAAUUUGCAGAUUGGCUUUCUUCAAUAGGUGAUGGUACUAUUGGAGAAGAUAACGAUGGUUACGCUGAGGUUGAUAUCCCUUCUGAAAUGUUGUUGAAAUGUGAUGGUGAUCCUAUUGCAACUAUUGUUAACAGUACUUUCCCUCAGUUCAACGGUGGUAUAAUUGAUGGUAGCUGUUUUUAUAGCACUGCUAUUUUAGCACCAACAUUACAAGUUGUCAAUGAAGUGAAUGAAUAUAUGUCGGACUUGACUAUAGGUGAAGGGAAGACAUAUUUUAGUUCUGACACCGCUUGCAAAGCUGAUGGUACUUCUACUGUACUGGCAGAUGUCCAUACACCUGAAUUCUUAAACACUAUUAGAGCUUCAGGGUUGCCAAAUCAUGCUUUAACAUUAAAGGUUGGGUCACCUGUAAUGUUAAUGAGGAAUAUUGAUCACAGUCUAGGACUAUGCAAUGGUACUAGAUUGGUUGUUACAAGAUUAGCUGAACAUGUGGUUGAAGGAAGUAUACUUGCAGGACCAAAUGCUGGCACUAGGGUUUUGAUUGCUAGAAUGACGAUAACGCCAUCUGACACAAGAUUGCCUUUCAAGUUCAAUAGAAGACAAUUUCCUCUCAUGUUGUCAUAUGCAAUGACUAUCAACAAGAGUCAAGGGCAAACUUUGUCCAAUGUUGGUUUGAUACUUAGGAAACCAGUAUUUGUCCACGGACAACUAUAUGUUGCUGCAUCAAGAAUAAGUCAACCGAACGGCCUCAAGAUUUUAAUUUGUGAUGAUUCAAAAAGUACUCUUAGCAGUACAACUAAUGUAGUUUACAAAGAAGUUUUUAACAAUUUGUAA